AUGUCCUUGUCAUCGGGAGCAAGGACACACGUUAAGCGGAAUCUGACUGAUGGGCUGGCUGCGAGGACACCGGGGAGGUCACCGCAAGUCCAGCACUGCAACUCGCGGCAGCCCUCGCGCGCUUCCGCCGGAAGUCGGCCUAGCAAGGGCGCCUCGCUGACGUCACGAGCUCGCAGGAAGUCUGGUGGCGCGCCCAGGAGGUGCCGGAGCCGAGCGCCUGCCGGUUGGCAGAGGCUGGCGAUAUUUUCCUGUAUAAUUCCAGAAUGUCUUCAGAGAGCCAUGCACAGAUUGCUUCAUUACCUUUUCCAUACGAGAAACCACACCUUCAUUGUCCUGCACCUGGUCCUGCAAGGGAUGGUUUAUACUGAAUACACCUGGGAAGUAUUUGGCUACUGUCAAGAGCUAGAGUUCUCCUUGUAUUACCUCCUUCUGCCCUAUCUGCUGCUAAUUAUAAACGUGUUUUCAUUCACUCUCACUUGUGUAACCAAUCCUGGCAUUAUAACAAAAGCAAAUGAGUUAUUAUUUCUUCAUGUUUAUGAAUUUGAUGAAGUGAUGUUCCCGAAGAACGUGAGGUGCUCUACUUGUGAUUUAAGGAAACCAGCUCGAUCCAAGCACUGCAGUGUGUGUAACUGGUGUGUGCACCGUUUUGACCAUCACUGUGUUUGGGUGAACAACUGCAUCGGAGCCUGGAAUAUCAGGUACUUCCUCAUCUACCUCCUGACCUUGACGGCCUCGGCUGCCACUGUUGCCAUUGUGAGCACCGCUUUUCUGGUCCACUUGGUAGUGAUGUCAGACCUAUACCAGGAGACUUACAUUGAUGACUUUGGACACCUCCACACUAUGGACACGGUCUUUCUUAUUCAGUACCUGUUCCUGACCUUUCCACGGAUUGUCUUCAUGCUGGGCUUUGUUAUGGUCCUGAGCUUCCUCCUGGGUGGCUACCUGUGCUUUGCUGUGUACCUGGCGGCUACCAACCAGACUACUAACGAGUGGCACAGAGGUGACGGAGCCUGGUGCUGGCAUUGUCCCCUUGUGGCCCAGCGUCCGUCAGCAGAACCCCAGGUCCACCAGAACAUUCACUCCCAUGGGCUUCGGAGCAACCUUCAAGAGAUCUUUCUACCUGCCUUUCCAUAUCAUGAGAGGAAGAAACAAGAAUGACAAGUGUGUGACUGCCUUUGAGCUGUAGUUCCCAUUUAUUUACACAUGUGGAUUUGCUCGUUUUCCGAGCAUGGCUUGUUUUGAUUUCUGCUGUGCUUAUCAGUCACUUUCGGUCGGCAAGGGAGAGGGGAAAAUGAGUGUUGAUUGAGUGCCUCAUCUUUGCCAGUGUGGUGGGAGGAAUCCCCCUUGCUUACCUUCUUUUGAAACUUGGCAUCUCUGAAGUCCUAGUGUCAAGGAGAUCAAGAUAUAACUUCUCAGUGGUUCCAGGUGACGCUGAGACCUUGGUGUCUCUAAACUCUGGGCAUGUGGACAGGAGGGGCUUGUGGCCGUGUCUCUGACCUGUCUCUGAAGUGCAGGAGGGUCUCAUU